AUGAAAAUGAAAAUUUUUUUGAGGUGUUUAGCCAAUCCCGGUUUUCAGUCAGGAAUAGCAGAAGAAUUAGGCGUUCAUCAGUCGACAGUAUCAAAAGUAGUUACAUUUGUCACAACAAGGGUCACAGCAAAAGUUUCAUCAUGGAUCAAAUUUCCGCACACUGAACAAGAUAUUUUGCAGGCAUUAGAAGACUGGCAAAAUGUCAAUCACUUUCCGGGGGUCAUUGGGGUCAUUGAUUGUACCCAUAUUAGAAUUGAAAAACCAGGUCGUCAUGGGGAUGAAUAUAUCAAUAGAAAAGGAUGGCCCAGUAUCAAUGUACAAGCGACUUGCAACGCCCAAGAAAUGUUUACAAGUGUUGAUGCCAGUUGGCCAGGUUCGGUGCAUGAUACUAGAGUAUGGAAAAACUCCACAAUUCGGGAAGUUGUGCAAAAGUUUCCGAAUGCUAGCUUAUUGGGGGAUCAGGGAUAUGGCUUGGAACUGUCACUAUUGACACCGUAUAGAAACACAGAUACCGAAGCAAAAAUACACUAUAAUCGGCUGUUGAAACGAGAACGUUGCAUUAUUGAACGCUGUUUUGGCCAAGUGAAACGGCGAUUUCCUAUACUGAAAUAUAUAUGCAGAUUAAAACUUAGGAGAAUAUCACGUAUUAUUAUUUGUUGUUUCAUCAUGCACAACAUAGCAAAGCAUCUUAAAGAUGAAGAGUUUCCUGAAGAAGAAGAUGAAGACGACACUGAUGAAAAUGAUGAAGACGACAAUCAAAAUCAACAUAUCCCUGACAACGAGAUGUUGCAACGUGCACGUGUAAAACGAGAUGAAAUUGCUGAUAUAAUUGUUCGACGUCACCUUUAUUAG